ACCCUAAUUUUCGAUGGCGCGGCUAGCGAUCCAAGUGCUGGCGAUUUCAAGGCGCCACGCAGUGCCCAAAAUCCAGAGUGCUUGGUUUGCUCAAGCUCCAGAGUUUGAGAGAUGGGAUAGAGGCGGGGGAAAUGUGCACAGGCUUGCGCGGGUUGAUCCAUCGGUGGUGGUGGAAAUCAGUGGAGUUGUACACGCUGGUGCCACGAUCGGUGAGUCUUCUCACGUUGGAUCGGGAUGUAUUGUUGGACCGGAUGUUUGCAUUGGUUCUUCGGUGGUAUUGAGGUAUAACGUGGUGCUGCAAAACUGUUCGAUUGGAGAUUUUUGCACCCUCCAUAGCGGUGUUUGCGUGGGACAAGAUGGUUUUGGAUUCACUUACGACUCAAACAAUAGCAUUGUCAAGAAGCCCCAGGAGUUGCGGGUAAAGAUUGGAAACAGUGUGGAAAUCGGUGCCAAUUCGUCCAUCGACCGUGGGAGCUGGCGUGACACAGUCAUCGGGGAUAACACGAAGCUUGACAACUUGGUCCAGAUUGGACACAAUGUUGUGAUAGGAUGCGACUGUAUGAUUUGUGGACAAGUUGGAAUUGCCGGAUCUUGCACACUAGGAGAUAAUGUAGUCUUGGGUGGCCAAGCAGGUGUUGCGGACCACAUAGAAAUCGCUUCAAAGGUCCGAAUCGCAGCGAAAAGUGGAGUUACCUCAAACAUUACCGAGCCAGGAGACUAUGCCGGUUUUCCAGCAGUGCCCGUGAAACAAUGGCGGGAAUCGGUGGUGGCUUCUCGAAGACUUUGUGACAAACAUCCAAAGUGAGAGCAUGGCGAGAGCUAGCGUGAAAUCGCUCUCGAGCUUGGCAAGUCCACUGCGUAAACUCGCUUUUACUUAUCAAGUUUUUCCUCAAGUGUAUCUUUUCCUCCAUAUCGUUGUCCAUGUCACGCUAUUUGGCUGGAAUAGCAUUCUCCUCGCUAAAGCAAUGGCAUCCUGGACGUUACUUA